UUGUUUUUAUUUUUAAUUGCUUUGAAUUAAAAAUAAAAUUGUAAAAUAUUAUAAUAUGAUUGAAAUAAUAAAAUCUCAAAAUGAGAUUGAUAUUAAAUCGGUUGUUCCGAGGUCGUUUUUCAUUGAAAGUUUACAUUUUUAUAAUCGGUGCAAUAAUAAUUUGCGGAUACCUUUUGCCGCAUUAUAAGCUUUAUCCCAUAGCUCCUGUGACUAUAGCUCCCGUAUUGGCUCAAUCACGAAUAACAAAGCACUUAGCUAAAUUGGUUACAGUGGUGUUUCGUCAGUUCGAAGAUUUUGAGAAUGAUGUUGCUGAAAGUGUUCAAUCUUUCGUGGCUGCAUAUCCAAAUAUACCAGUGUUGAUUCUCAGCCAGGGCCCGCAGUACCCGCCUUUCCAAUUUUCCGCCUCUAAUAAUACACUGCGUAAUGUAAAAAUCGUGUCCUUAGAGCUUAAACUCGAUUCUUCUCCAAAAGAAUUGAAACCUUUAUCUUAUAUUUCAACAGAGUUCACAUUGUUCGUACCUGAUUCAACGAGGGUCUCUCGUCGUUUAUUACAGCAAUUACUUACGGCUGCUACAAGCAACCCAUCUCAAGGUAUAGCUGUGGCAGUUGGUAAUUCGCACACAGUUUGUCAACAAGUGAAAUGGAAUUUUGUUGAUUGGACCUUACAAUAUAGAAAAGAUGCAUCAAAGAAAUUAUGUGAUGCUGUGCAAGGACAACAUGCUGUUAUAUUCAAAACAUCUUUACUUCAAACACUGCCUGACCCAUUUGUGCUGCCCUUUCCUGAAUCUCUUUACCUUCAGACAACUGUUAAAAAUAUUAAAAUACAAAUAUUAGAUGGUAAACUCGCUGCUGGCAGGAGUGUAUUAAAGACGCCUGUUGCAAAACAAAAGGCUUCAAGACGGAUGAGAGAUUACAGGAUGGCUCUCUACAAGCAACUAGGUGUGAAGACUGUAAUAAGGGAUGAUGGAAGGGUACAGUGGUAUGGCUGUAAACGGGAAUCUCAGCGAUGUUUCCCACCCGUGCAAGGCACUCCAUCAUACAUUCUAGCAGGGAGGAACACGCCGCCUUGUUGCAGAAGGAACAUAAGACGCACUGCUGCACAUGUCCUCAGGGCUUUGUUGCAAGCUGGAGCAAGGUGUUGGUUAGAAACCACAUCACUGCUAGGCGCUGUUGCUAGGGGUGACCUUCUGCCAUGGGCAGAGUAUGCCGAAAUAGGCAUUCACGCGGCAGAUCUAUCUCGAGUAUCCUGGCUUCAGCGAGGAGGGGCUGAUAACGACGGGUUCAUAUGGGAAAGAGCGACUAAAGGCCAUUACUAUAGAGUCGCUUAUUCCGCGACGAACCGGGUGUAUGUGUUGAUACUGCCCUUUAAUCCAAAGAAUGGGACUAUGUGGCCAGCGGAUUGGGUGAUGGCUCAUCAACGGGAGUUCCCUGAACGACAUUUGCAUCCACUUGCUCAGAUACAAUUCGCGGGUCGCCAAGCACCGGCACCGAACGACGCGCGCGCUUUUCUUGACUUAAAAUUAGGCGCCAAUUCUCUUGAGAGAUGUCAAAAAAUCGGCCCUAAACUUAUCUAUCCAUAAGAAUGGCUUUUUAAUACCAAAAAAUGGGGAAAAUAAUAUAGCAUCGGACUAUAUUUGAUAAUUUUUAAUUUAGUCCUUAAGCUACGCUUUGUAUUUUUUACAGAUUAUCUUUUUUUUUACACAUUUUUGUAUUAAUUUACCAAAGAUUAGCACUUAGAAAAAUAAUACGGAAUUUCUAAAAUUUACCGUUUCAUUUGAAGAUAUGUAAGUACAUUUAGAUUUGUUUUUUUGUUGGUUUAUUAUUUUGUGAUAUCUCAGUAUUAAUUAAAUAGGUAAUAAGUAGACAGCUAUGUUUUUAUGCCGAGGCAUGACACGGUCGCGACACGGUGUAGUCACGGAGUGCUUCAUCCUUUAUAGUGUAAUGAUAAUGCUAUUUGAGGCUAAACAUUUAAUUAAAUUAAUAUUUAUCUAAUAAAUAAAUAAUAGUACAUGUCAUAUUUUCAUGUAAAUUGUGUAAACUCAAAUUGACGUGAAUGUAACUAAGGAAAGGUGUUAAAAUGUUGUUA